GGAGCCAAGGAGAGGGAUCUCACUCACCUCAGCCCCCUGCCACGCAUCAUCCCUUCUUCGACUCCUUGGUGCAGCGGGCCGCAUCAUCCCAUCGCUAGGUGCAGCAGGUGUGCAUCCACACACACACACGCACGCACAAACACGCAGAUCCAUCCCCGCACCGCACCGCCCCUGGUCUGGUUGCUCAUGCAGGUGUGGUUGUCCCAUCUUGUGGGCAUCUUGGCGAUGGACAAUCUGAUCCCCGUGAUCAACCGCCUGCAGGACGUCUUGACGUCCGUCGGCAUCAACACGGGUACGGACACACACACGCAGCACGCAGGCCGCUCAUGCACACACAGGCAGACAGACAGAGCGGCACAGCGAUAGCUAUAGCCAACGGCGGAUCGCAGACAGACAGACAGACAGACAGGCAGAGGUAGAUCUGCUGUGCCUGCCUGAGUUUGGCUGCAUCUGCUCUGUCUGUCUGUGUGUCUGCAGGCAUCGAUCUGCCGCAAAUCGCAGUGGUGGGAGCGCAGUCGGUGGGCAAGUCCUCGGUGCUCGAGUCGCUCGUCGGGCGGGACUUCCUCCCUCGCGGCACCGGCAUCAUCACGCGGCGCCCUCUCAUCCUGCAGCUCAGGAAUAUCACGCAAAACAAACCCUCUGCAGCCGCCGCUGCUGCCUCGGGUGGUGCCUCGGGUGGUGCAUCUGCAUCAUCCCCCAGCACCACUAGCGGCAACCCCACCACCACCACCAACAGCCCGCCCCAGGAGUGGGGGGAGUUCGGCCACGCGCCCGGGCACCGGUUUGAGGACUUCGACGCCAUCCGGAAGGAGAUCGAGCGGGAGACGGAGCGGGUGACGGGGCGGAACAAGAUGAUAUCUGCGCAGCCGAUAACGCUCAAGAUCUACAGCCCUUACGUGAUUGACCUGACGCUGGUGGACCUGCCUGGGAUGACCAAGGUGCCCGUAGGGGACCAGCCGAGCGACAUUGAGCUGCAGGUGAGGCGGCUGGUGCUCCAGUACAUCACCAAGCCCUCCUGUAUCGUCCUCGCCAUCACCGCUGGUACGUACGUAUGGUAUGGUGGCUGCCUGCGUGUGGAUGACCUGAGUGAGCCACGUACGUACGAGUUGGUGUGUGGUGUGUGUGAUCUAUCAGCCAACACGGAUUUGGCCAACAGCGAUGCUCUGAAGAUUGCUCGAGAGGUCGACCCAGACGGCGCGCGGACCAUCGGUCGGUCAGCCAGCAGCCAGCCCCCCACACGGACACAGACACAGACCCACACCCAUAUGAGAUGUGAUGUGCGCGUGUGUGUAACACUGCACUCACCGCCCCCAGGUGUGUUGACCAAGUGCGACCUGAUGGAUGACGGCACCGACGCUUUGGACAUGCUGCACGGCAAGAUCUACCCACUCAGGAGGGGGUACGUGGCGGUGGUGUGUCGGAGCCAGAAGGACAUUGCCGGCAAGAAGAACAUCCGGGACGCACUCAGGGAGGAGGAGAAGUUCUUCCGCAGCCACGCGGCCUACAGGCACAUUGCACACAAGUGCGGCACGCACUACCUCGCAAACAUGCUGAACCAGGUCAGUGAGUUAGGUGGGUGGGUGGGCACACUCACUAUCUCACAUGACAUGAGCGACGUGUGGCUGGAUGGAUGGAUGGAUGGGCCAUCGAUUGGUUGGAUGGUGGCCAUGCAGAUCUUUAUGCACCACAUUCGGGACACCCUGCCUGAGCUGAAGGCAAGGAUACAAACUCUCCUGCACGAAAACGAAGAGGAGCUCGCCGGUAUGUCAGACAGACAGACAGACAGAGAGAGAGACAGAGAGAGAGAGACGCCCGCCCACCCCACACACACAGACGGCAGGGCAGCCCUUCCCAAUGCAUCCAUCCACACGUGUCUGUCUGUUGUUUCUCUGUGCCGUAUGUAGCGUAUGGCGAUUCGAUGCUGGAGGGGACGGGCAACCCCGGCGCCCUGCUGCUGCACUUCUUCUCCAAAUUCGCCAGGAGCUUCCAGGCACGACACGACACGCCCACACACACACAUCUUUCUGUGUGUCAAUCGACGUGUAUCUGUUGCUAUGUGUGUGCGGUUGACUGAGUGCAGGAGGCGAUCGACGGUCAGCUGGCGACUCAGCACCUGGCGGACCAGCUGCAGGGCGGCGCGCGGAUCAACUUCAUCUUCCACGACUGGUUCGUCAAGACCCUCAACGUGCGCAAUCCAAUGCCCACACAGACACCCCCACCCCACCUAGAAGACGCACACACAGACCUGAAUGAACGGAUGGAUGGGUGGAUGGAGAUGGAGGGAUGGAUGUGUUUCUGUUUAUUUAUUUGCUGGCAGGAGUUCGACCCCUUGUCAGGUCUGACAGACCUGGAGAUUCGGACGUCGAUCCGAAACGCCACGGGGCCCAAGGCAGCUCUGUUCGUGCCGGAGGGGGCCUUUGAGAUACUCGUCAAGAAACAAAUCUCCAAACUCGAGCAGCCGGCACUCAGAUGCGUCGACCAGGUACACAAACACAGACAGACAGACAGACAGACAGAGGGAGGGAUGGAGGGAGGGAGGGAGGGGGGAGAUACUCACGCACACUCAUGUGUGUAUGGACCAUGUGUGUGUGUGUCGUGUCUGUUUAGGUAUACGAGGAGCUGCAGAAGAUGGUGGAGAUGUGCGAGUCGCCCGAGAUGACGCGCUACACCAACCUGCGGGACAGGCUGGUCGAGGUGGUCCGCGGCGUCCUCAGGAAGUGCCUGCAGCCCACCAACCAAAUGAUCAGCAACCUCAUACAGGUACUUAGUACACACACAUAUGGAUGGAUGGAUGGGUGGAUGGAUGUGUGUGUGUGUGUGUGUUGGUGGCAGAUUGAGCUGAGCUACAUCAACACGAACCAUCCGGACUUCGUUGGAGGGUGAGAGAGAGAGGGAGAGAGACACACAGAGACGCGUAUGCAGGCAGUCCUGUUUGUUCCUUCCGUGUUUGCAGCAACCGUGCGAUCCACUCGAUCUCCCUGAACCUCAACCGGCACAUGGCCACGAGCACGCCCCCCACCUCCCGCCCACCCACACAGCCCACGCAGCAGCAGAACACCCAGCAGCAGCCCCAGCAAAGGCUCACACACACACACCCUCACGCAAACCCACACCCCCAUCAGCACGGGGGGAUGCCCGUCGGCUGGAACCACCCACAGAGUGCUUACAUGAGGGAGCAGCAGCAGCAGCAGCAGCAUCAGCAGCAGGGGAGCAGGCACCGCAGCGCGUCCAGUGACAGCAAGAGGGACGACAAGCAGAAGGAGAGCGGAGGUGGAGCUGGAGGUGGGGCAGGGGGCGGUCACCAGGCGAAUGGGCCCGUGGCGGCCACCCCCACCUCUGCCCACUCCCAGCAGCAUCAGCAUCAGCAGCAGCAGGUCACCAACCCCGCCUUUGCCCAAGCAGCCGAGUCACAGGUACGUACACCUACCUACAACAGACAGACAGACACAGGGGAUGGACCAUCCAGACAGACGUCUCUCUUGAUUCUCCUUGGUCGAUCAGUUGCCGACCAACACAGGGUUCUUCACCUUUCUGCGUGGCUCCAACCGUCCGUCCCCGCCGGCCACGCCCAACACGAACCCCAACCCCACCAGCAAUGUGCCCCCCUUGCCACACACGGCCAGCAACCCACCCUCGCACACUGUGUCCACCAACGACGUCGUGCCCGCCGGCACGACCCAGGCAGGGGCACCGGGCGGUGUGUAUGAUGGUUACUAUGCCCAGACCAAGGGCAACCUCAACCCAAUGGUCGGGCAGUCAGCCAAACAACACAACACUCACACAUUGUGCAUGUCUCUCUGUCUGUCUGUCUGUCUGUCUGUGUCUCUGUGUGUGCAGGCUCUCCCUAGCGGCGCGGACAGUGUCAGCUCGUACCCGUCAUAUGCCGACAACCCCUCCCAGCAGCAGCCGCCGUACCCCCCGCCCUCAUCGCACCUCACCACCUACUACCACGGCAUUCUACAAAACGGUAGGUAACAAACAGGCAUACAGCGACAGACAUCUACGUGUCGGCACGUGUGUGUGUGUGUGUGUGCGUGUGUGUGCAGCAGUGCCGCCGCACCAGCACGCUCAGGUUGGGCAGGACAGGGCAGACAUCAGGCUGCCGGCCGUGCCGCCCAUCGUGCGUGCGGGCGACGUGGCCUCUGAGAGGGAGAGGGUGGAGGCCGACCUCAUCAAGUCGCUCAUCGCAUCAUACUUCUGCAUCGUCAGGUCAGCUCAGCCGGGGGGGCCAAUGUGUGUGUGUGUGUGUGUGUGUACCUACCUUCUGUGUCGCGCGCAAUAUGUGUCUGUGUGUGUGUGUGUGCGGUCAUAUACAUCAGGAAGAAUAUCAGCGACGCGGUGCCCAAGGCCAUAAUGUACUUCAUGGUCAACACGGCCAAGGAGGUGCUGCAGCGGGAGCUCGUUGCUCAGCUAUACAAAGACGGUGAGCACACACAGCACACCACAGGCACAGCACAGCACAGCACAGGACGGCAGGGUGUUUCCGGCCGUCUCAUUCAUCUGCACUGACUGCAUGCGGUGUGGUGUGGUGUGUGCAGAGCUGUUCCCCGAGUUGCUGAAGGAGGCUGACGACAUCGCAGAGAGGAGACAGCACUGCAUGGACGUCCUCAAGUGAGCAGGGCAGGAAACAGAUACAUACGAGGCAGCCGACACCGAUCCGCAUCCAUCCAAUCCACACACCACACCUGUGUAUGUGUAUGUGUCUGUAUGUGUCUGUGUGUGUCUGUGUGUGGUGUGUCGGUGUGUCAGGACGUUGCGCAACGCCUUAGAGAUAGUGGGCCAGAUCAGGGACAGCAACCUUCAGCAGGAGAUCGCCCCUUCCACCUAGCCCACACCACACCCCCAUCUAUCUAUCGCAAACAAACCCAUCCCAUCCAUGAUGCAUCCGUGUUUGCGUGCCAUGUCGCCGUGUGUGUCCGUGUCGUGUGUGUCCGUGUGAGUGUUUGUGACCGCCAGCCAGGUGACCGACCGACCGACGUUUUCUGUAGAGUAGAGAGAGAGAGACGGACAAACUCAUGGGAUGGAUGGAUGGAUGUGGGUGUGUCUGAUGGACGUACGUACACGGCCUCAAUCCCUUCACUCGGCG